GGAGGUGCGGAGCGGAGCCUGGGACGGCAGGACCGGGAGCCGCCGCGCCGAGGACCCGAGGAGCGGGACGGGCACGAGCACCCGAGCCGAGGAGCGAGGGCUCGCCGGGCGCCGGCGGCGGUCGGCCGGCCUGCCGAACACUGCGAGCAGGAGAGCAUUAGUCCAGCGCCCAGCGGAGCCGGCGAGUAGCAGUCCGAGGAGCCCGGUCGUCGGCUCGUCGGCGUCAUCGCGGCCAGUGCGGGCGGGGCCGGCCGCUGGCGAGCAGGGGCGGGCAACCGGGCGUGGGCGGCCGGUGCAGCCAGGCAGGCGUGCAAACCGGCGCAGCAAGCCGCAUUCCGCAUCUCCGCAGAAGUUAGCCUAGUAGGCUUGGUGCUUCAUUAUUUGUGUUCCUGGAUGCUUGGAUGUAUGAUGCACAUGUAGACAGGCAUUGAGACCAAAUGAUGGCAAUAAGAUUGGCAGAACACAUAUCUUUGAUUUCUAGAGCUCUUCCUUUGAUUCAACUCAAGGUUAUGUCCACAUAUUCUGUUGCUCAUGGACGCAGACCUAAGAAGAAGCUUUAUCACCGUGAACCUGGCCUUGACAAGGCCAUGGACCUCCAAAAGAAGCCUGCCCUCCUCCUUCGUCUUCGGGAGCUCAUCUUGUCCCGAAAGACAAAUCCUCUUCUUGUACGUGAUCUUGAAAAGGAGGUUGGCUUUGUCCAAAAAUGGAACUUUGUUUCACUUAUUGAGCGACACCCAAACAUCUUCUGCGUCUCUGGUGGUAGUGCCUCCCGAGAGCCCAUUUCAGUUAUGCUCACAGAGAAGGCCAGAAAGAUAUCUAGUGAGGAGACCCAAGCACGAGAGCUAAUGGAACCUAUCUUGGUGAAAAAUCUAAGGAAGCUACUAAUGAUGUCUUUGGAUUGCCAGAUUCCUAUAGAGAAGAUUGAGCUCAUCCAAUCUGAAUUGGGCUUGCCCAAGAACUUCAAGAGCAACUUGAUUCCGAGGUAUCCUGAAUUAUUUUCAGUUUGCAAUGUGAAGGGAUUGGACCAUUUGUGUUUGGAGAGUUGGGAUUCUUCACUGGCUGUCACAGCACGAGAAGAAAAAAUGAAUUUUGAUGGCUUCCAAAAGGACUGUAGAGGGAUUCCUAAAGAUGGAAAUGUCUUUGGUCCUUUUGCUUUCAAGUUGAAGUAUCCAGCAGGAUUUAGGCCAAAUCGGAAGUAUCUUGAGGAGGUUGUUAGGUGGCAGAAGUUGGCAUUUCCAUCACCAUAUCUGAAUGCUAGGCGUGUGGAGCCUGCAACACCACAGGCUAGGAAGCGCGCUGUUGCUGUUCUGCAUGAGAUUUUGAGCCUGACAAUGGAGAGACGAUUAACAUCUGACAAGCUGGAAGUCUUCCAUAAUGAGUACAGGCUGCCAUGUAAGCUACUUCUGUGUUUAAUAAAAAAUCAUGGGAUAUUCUACAUCACUAAUAAGGGAGCAAGGAGCACUGUCUUCCUCAAGGAAGCAUAUGAUGAUAGUGAACUUAUUGAGAAAUGCCCUUUAUUGAAAUUCCAUGAUCGAUUUGCCACUCUAAUCGGCCGAACGUGCUCCGAUUCAAAUGAUUUAUUGACAGCAUAAUUGGAGUAAUAAGUUCCAAGCGAGAAAGACAAAUUGCUAUGUGGCAUGUGGCUGGCUGAUGCAUCCCUUAGUUGCUACUUCGAUCAGCUCAAAAUAAACUCAUUUGCAUGCAACUAACUCUGCAAGUCCUCUGUAUGAUGGAUAUGCUCCAUCCAGCUCAAGUUUCACUUGAAAUUUGAGAACGCAGAAAUCAAGUGGCAGCUCAGAUCUCAGCAGAUAAGGCAUUGAUUGUUGUACUAAAGGACGUAGGUUCAUUCCUACCACUAUUGCACUCAACUGUUGAAGAUGUUAUGGUUAGUUUUGAGGAGUUUCCUACUUUCCUUGAGAGUAUUACCUUCAGCCUAUAAUUGCCAAAAAGAAAAGAUCUUAACCUCACAACUAUAGUACUGAAUUUUCUUCUCUUGGAUAACUGGACGGCAUUUCGGCUUUUCCUAAUUGAUGGUAUGGUCAGGUACUAGUUGAUCUUAAAAUGUAUUCCCUCUGUUGCAGAUUGUAAGACGCUUUGACUUUGUUUUAAGUUAAACUUCUUCAAGUUUGACCAAAUUAUAGAAAAACAUAGCAAUAUUUUCAACACAAAACAAAUAAAAAUGUAUUCAGUUUUGGAGUUAAUGAAAUUAAUUUGGUGUUGUAGAUGUGUGUUUUUGUAUAUACUUGGUCAAAAUUGAAAAGUUUGACUUAAGAAAAAGUCAAAACAUCUUAUAAUCUGAGGGAAUAUUGUACUAUCACGUGAGUCUGCUUGCAGAAAGGUAUUUAAUGUUGUUUGGCAUCAUAUAAUUGUCAAAUCACCACUGCUUUCAAUAGAUCAUGCUUGUAAUUCGUUGCACUUUAACAUUUUUCUUAUGGAGUAAUUGAACUAUUGACAAUAGUACUAAUACAUUCUGGUAUUGUUCUCAGUGUUUUUUUCCCUUCAUCCAUACACAGGCUAAAACUGUCCAUAAAAUGCUCCACAUGCUGUAUCAAUGAUUCCCUCCAUAUAGCACUAGCACAUCAAUCGGUCUUCUAUUUUCUGGAUCUUGUUAACAGUUUUUAUAUUGACCAUGUAUGAUUGUGUUUUGUUGCUUAUGUUACUUGGGAAUGUUAAUUAUUUGAUUAUAUGCCAUAGGUCAUUAGUUGCUAUCACUCUGACAACUCCACCUUUUUGUGUAUAUUCAUGAUCUGUUUGAUUUAAUAAGAAGCAGGAUAUCCUUACACAUCCUUUGAGAUAUCUGAGUACAGAAAAUGGCUUCAAUCAACACCUUAUUAGGUCGUAAACUCGUAAUAAAGAUUAGUGCAGAUAACUACACUAAUAGGUGGUGACAUUACUAUUGCACACACAUGCACAUAAUGCUGGUAGGUGAUACUCUUCAUUUUGGUGAGACUACAACAUAGAAUGCUAACGCUAGUACUGAUAUGAUUCAGUGUUUUAGAUAAUUGGACUAUGACUGUUCCAAAUCAGUUGCAGCAUUCUCAUUUGUGUUCCAGUCUUCCAGAUCUCUGCUUCCUUGUUUACGUUAUUAAAACAAGCAGAGAACAACCAAGAAUAUUUGCUUUGCUUUGUAUCUCUUCUUGGUAUGGAACAACCAGUAGCAGUAUCCUGCGUUUCCUAUGCACAAUGAUGGCAUGUUCAAAUAAUGAGUAUGCAUUAGUUGAAUUGUCAAAAUUUCAUGAACCAUGUGUCUGUGGCGUUGUUAUUUUUAGUUCUGUUUUGUUAAUUGACACCUACUCCAUCCAUGGAAAUACCUAUUAAUCUCUAGAUUUUUUGAUCAGAAAUUUGAAAAUACCGUGGUAUUUAGUUCACAUGCUGAUUAUGGGCUUGUUUGCAACUGCAGAUUACAGUUGGGCCAAUUAGCACAUGAUAAAUGAGUAUUAGCUAUUGCAAACUUGAAAAGUGGAUUAAUGUGUUUUUAAACAACUCUCAUAUUUUUUUUUGCAAAAAACACAUUGUUUAGCAGUUCGGGAAGCGUGCGCACGGAAAAAAAGGAAAAAAAUAGCCACAAUUGUCACUUGCGAACGCAUCCAAUGAAUUUAUGAUUUAAGCCAACUGUGAACCAUCUUAAAUAACUGCAACUUGGCUACAUAACUUUAGCUUCUAUUUUCUACUUUGUACAUUGCAUUACCAUGCAGUAGUGAUCCUAUAGUAUUCAACUUGUUCAUAAUUGCAUUAAUCCUACCAGUAUAGACUGACAUUCCAUCUGGUCGAUUGGCCCUAUUUGAUGACCUGUUUCAUGCUAUGUGACCCUGAAUUAUAAUUGCAUCUAGUGGUAUAUGUGCCUGUACUCUAGCAGUCCAUAUUUUGUUGUGUUUAGUCUAGGUUCUAUUUCUGUGUGGUAUUCUGUAUGGAGCAAAGGCACAAACAAACAUGGUAAACCCACAUAAAUUGAUGCAUAACGUGGAUGGUUGUGGAUGUCCUUUCAUGUAUCUCUCUACAAAAGGCCUGGUAGUGUUUAUUCCGUGCUAACUCAAAAAUUAUGCCAGUGGGUUGUGCAUUCUUAACAAUGGCCAGAUUUGUGAUGCAGAUCACCUGAUUUCUGUUAGCAAGAAAUAUUUGUGUUCUUGUGCUCAUGGGAUUGUAGGACGUCUCCAUAAUCUACGCAGGUGAAUCUUGAGUGGAGGAACACCGAGUACUGUUAACCACGGGAGAAAAAUGGCCUUUUGAUUACUGUUCAAUCUUUAUCCAGCAGGAACAGGUAUGACUUAAGCCAACAAGAUUUUUUUUAGACCUCCAUCGUUUUGCAGUUGCAGUUGCAUUUCAGCGUGUUAGGCUGCUGCUUAAAAGCAACAGAAAUUCCAUUGUUUUGCUUAUGAGGAAAGAAUUGCUGAUUAAUGGAUCUUCUGUGGCCUUGUGGAAUAAUGAAGUGAGUAUUUUUUUUGUGAGACUAUACAUGGUUUUAGACCUCACUGGAUGGUUCACUGGGAGAUAGCCAUAGACAGAUCACGUAUUACGUAGGGCCCACUACCAAUGGCUGAUCCGCAUUUAACGCAAUAAGCGAACCGAUGGGCUUAUGCUGAAAAUCCUCGGCCACAACAGCGAUCCGAUGGAGCCUUUAAUGUUUUAAUGGUCAGUGUAAAUGUAGCAACCAAAUCUUUGCAAGUGAAAUAUCACCAAGGUGAUGAUACCUAUGAAAUAAGUUGCAAUUUGGAAGCUAGCUAUUUGUCAUUUCAGAUUAUUCAUGUAAUAUGUAUUUGAUUUUGUCAGGUUAUUCUGUGGCUAGUCUGUUGCGCCAAAGUAUGUUUAUGUGUAAUUAGUAAAAUUACUGUUUCAUGUUGGAAUUGAGACGGUAUUUGGUUGUCAAGUAAAAGAAAUUACAAUUGCAUACUUUGACAGAUUGGUUAAAUGGGUGAAUAACGAUUGUCUGAAAGCUUUAGAUUAACUAGUCGCUUGGGAAUGAAUAAUAAUAAGCAAUAAAAUUGUUGGACCUCAUUGCUGUCGAUCUGGUACCAUAUCCUAAACAUGGGAAGCUUUAUUAAUGGCUAUGGCAAUUCCUGCAACAGGCUAAUAACAGGCACAAGUUUGCAUCCCUUUCACAAUCACACAUCCAUGCUAUCUUGAGUAUUUUCUGAUAUUUACAUAUCAAAGUGCUUGUCCACAUAGAAUUCUUGGUGGGAGAUGCAUUAAGGAUGUUUUCCAUAGUUGUUUGCAGCACCAAAUCAACCUGUAGGUGGAGUCCAUUGAGAUAAUUAGAUGAACAUAUGCUAAGUAAAGAUCGACCGACAAAAUUAUGGGUGGCCUGGACACAUUGAAGUGAAAUGAGGCCAACUGGCUGCUCCUCAAUUAUAACCCAUGAAAGUGAGAAGCAUACUCGGGAGCAGUGAUUGGGACCAGAUUCUUCAGACACUAAGAGCACCUAUAAACGAUAGUGGUCAUGAGCCUGGUCAGAUGCACUAAAAGCUAGAUUUGGAUGGGUGUUAGUGGCUGUUAGUUUAGGCAGGCCUAUCCUCAAGUCAUACAAAUACAGUGGAUGGAGACUAGAGACCCUUUUCUGAUCCUGUUUAUUUUUCUGGUAAGCAUUUAUGCCUCCCUCUGCAGUAGCCUUUCCGUCUGAUGUUACUUCCAUAACUUAUUGUGUGAACAUUGAUUUGGCCUCUUAAUUUUUUUUGGCUCUAUUAUUGGCCACCAAGAGCACAUGCUUUUCUUUGCCCUCCAGUCACCUUCAGCCUCUAGUGACCCGUCUGGAUUUCCAAUUGAUGUGUCUUUCUUGUACACCAGUCUUUGCCUCCCUGUCUCUGUCCUUGAGUAGCAUUACCUGUUCCAUAAACAACUUUUGUGUGUGGCUGGGCCCUGCCUUUUUAAGUUGGCAACUUCCACAAAAUCACAAGAGUUAUCACUGCUUCAGAACCGCUUGGUUUUGCUGUCCCUUUCUCUGGACCCUGCCUUGACUUUAGGAAGCUGCCAUUAUGUUUACUUGUCUUUCACUUUGAUUUUCAUGCUUUCCACUAGAUUUCCACCUAAAUAUAAUUCUAUUAUUCUAAUUAUGUCAUUUUUGGUUUCUUGUAGCUUAUUAUUGAUCAAUGCAUCAUUAACCUCUUCAUCCGUGAUGAAUGUCUUCUCCAUUGAUUCUUAGCUUUUUUAAUAGGUGCCUUUUACCUUUCUAUUCUCGCUGUUUUUCAAACUCUAGGGAAAGUUGGUAAUGAGAAGGGCCGCCCCGUGAGUUGCAUUGUUCAACGCUUCUUUGAUGGUUGAACGUCGCAAUUAGGGUGGCAGGUCCAGGCCACCCCCUGUUUCUGUCAUCAUCUGCCUGAUGUCUAUCCAUUAGGAGAAGAAAGGACCUCAUUUGUGUUAUGUAACAAUUUCUCUCUUUCCUUGCUUGAAUGAGCAGGGUGGCGCCUAGCAAGCAAAGAAUCCUGAUUUGAACAUCACAGCCUGCUUGGCCAUCGCCAUCCUUGGUUCUGGACAAAUAUUUGGACUAUGCAUCAGCAUCAUUGCAGGGGGGGUCCAUCUUGGCGUAGCCGUGGGUGGUGUGGUUGGUUCAGAUUUCACAAUCUUGGCAUACAUAUCAAAGGCAGAUUAUUCUACGCUUCAAGCAUAAAGGGUAGAAGAUAAUUCCAGCUGAAUACUGAAGAAACGAUUUUAUUCCAAGUCAAUCAGAGUGGGCAUCUCAAGGAGCUGAAGCAUUCUACCUUUACCCCACCACCAAACCCACAAAACCGGUCAUCAAUUUAGAUGACUUGUGCAUGCGUGCAGGCAGGCUGCGUCGUGGAGUGAUCGCCGGUGGGGGGACUGCAGGGCCUUGUACUCCUUUGUCUGCUGCCGGUUGAUGGAUUGGAAGCCACCACCACCACCUGCUGCUGCAUCUUUCGCUCUUUCGGCCAACAAAAUUUCCCAUCCGCUUAAAUUGGUCCCCGUUUCUUUUGCUCCCUUCUGCAUCAAUCCACCUCACAUGUUCACACCCCCAGUUUUACUAUACCAUUUUUUCUUUUUCUUCUUUUUUUUUUAAAAAAAAGAGUAGAAUUGGAUGCACACCGUAAAAAACGAAUCUUUUAAUCGUCAUCCCAUAUACAUGAAUUUUAUGGUAGGUAUCUAUCCUCUGUGCCAUAAUUCAUUUUAAAGAAUGUAUGUACAAUAUUGGGGCUACAAUCAUCCGGCCAAUAAUAUGUGAGUUAGUACUCCCAACAUUAUACUCCCUCUUUUCUCGUUUAUUCGUCACCAGCAAUUUCUACUUUCACCAUUAAAAUUACCUUUUAGAUGAUUAUUUGUAAUUAACGAAACGUAUAUGAUUGUAUGUACGACAACAUGUAUUUGCUGAUUUCGUAAAAGACAAGAAGCGAAGGUUAAAAAGUAAUUUGUAUUAUUUAGUAACAAGUAUUUAGAACAAGAGAAAGUUUAUUAUUGAUGAUA